UGCUGUAGGGAUCCGUGAUAGUCCUGCCUGGAAAAGACAGUAAGUAAGAACACGUGCAGCCGCCGAAAGACGCAACGUCUAGAAGGACAUGACAGCCCUAGAAGAUCAAGGCCGAACAUAAAAUAGGAAAGCUAACGCAUUUCUAUUAAACCAAAUGUCCGUGGAUUAGAUCCUGGGGUAAUUUGUAGGGAAAGAACUCUGGACAUCUAAACCUGUAACCGAUCUAAUUUAGUCAAGAAAAUAAAGUGAUCGGUGUCUGGCUAUCUGCCAUACGUUUGUACACACGGGACUAACUGCCAAGCUUGAACAGACUAACAUUGUUCAUUAUGGCGGACUACUUGAUCAGCGGGCAAACUGGGUAUGUCCCAGACGAUGGACUCUGUGGUAACCAACUAUUCAACUGCGGGGACGGCCUCACCUACAAUGACUUCCUGAUUCUGCCUGGGUACAUCGACUUUGCAUCAGACCAGGUGGACCUGACGUCAGCCCUGACCAAGCAAAUCACCAUGAAGACUCCCCUGGUUUCCUCUCCCAUGGACACGGUCACAGAGUCCAGCAUGGCCAUCGCGAUGGCACUAACAGGCGGUAUAGGGUUCAUUCACCACAACUGCACCCCAGAGUUCCAGGCCAACGAAGUACGCAAGGUCAAGAGGUACGAGCAGGGCUUCAUCACGGACCCGGUGGUGAUGAGCCCGUCUGAGCACGUGCGAGACGUGUUCCAGGCCAAGGCUCGCCACGGCUUCUGCGGCAUCCCAAUCACAGACAACGGGCAGAUGGGCGGCCGCCUCGUCGGCAUCAUCUCCUCCAGAGACAUCGACUUCCUGAAGGGGGAGGAGCAUGACCUUCCCCUCAGCCAGGUAAUGACCAAGCUGGAAGAUCUAGUGGUGGCCCCGGCCGGAGUGACACUGAAAGAGGCCAAUGAGAUCCUGCAGAGGAGUAAGAAAGGUAAGCUGCCCAUAGUGAACGAGGAGGGCUGCCUGGUGGCCAUCAUCGCGCGGACGGACCUGAAGAAGAACCGAGACUUCCCCCUGGCCUCCAAAGACUCCCGCAAACAGCUGCUCUGUGGCGCCGCCAUCGGAACGCACAACGACGACAAGUACCGCCUGGACCUGCUGGUGCAGAGCGGCGUGGACGUGGUUGUACUGGACUCCUCUCAGGGGAACUCCAUCUACCAGAUCAACAUGAUCAAGUACAUCAAGGAGAAAUUCCCCCAGAUCCAGGUCAUCGGAGGCAACGUGGUCACUGCAGCGCAGGCAAAGAACCUGAUUGACGCUGGCGUGGACGGCCUGAGGGUGGGCAUGGGCAGUGGCUCCAUCUGCAUCACUCAGGAAGCGCCCCUAAGUGUCCCUCCUGGUAUAAAGCUCCACAGCCCCAAAACCCCAACCACUGUUACGGGAUUCUCCAUGUUGGCGUGCGGCCGGCCCCAGGCCACGGCUGUGUACAAGGUGUCAGAGUACGCGCGGCGGUUCGGAGUGCCCGUCAUCGCCGACGGUGGGAUUCAAACCGUGGGUCACAUUGCCAAGGCACUGGCCCUUGGGGCCUCCACGGUGAUGAUGGGCUCCCUGCUGGCUGCCACAAGUGAGGCUCCUGGGGAGUACUUCUUCUCUGACGGCAUCCGGCUCAAGAAGUACCGAGGCAUGGGCUCCCUGGACGCCAUGGACAAGAACCUGGGCUCCCAGACACGAUACUUCAGUGAGUGUGACAAGAUCAAGGUAGCCCAGGGUGUGUCGGGGGCGGUGCAGGAUAAGGGCUCCAUCCACAAGUUCAUCCCCUACCUGAUCGCUGGCAUUCAGCAUUCCUGCCAGGACAUAGGGGCCAAAAGCCUGACCCAGCUCAGGGCUAUGAUGUACUCUGGAGAUCUGAAGUUUGAGAAGAGAACAACGUCUGCCCAGAUGGAGGGAGGGGUCCACAGCUUGCACAGCUACGAGAAGCGCCUGUUUUAAGGAUGAGCUUUGGGGUGUUUCAGACCCGUAUGCAAAACACACAGACGCGCGCACACACACACACAUACAUACCACCUGUCUUCCUGCCUGUUGUUCCCGAUGCUGAGGAAGGGAGAGCAGAGCCUGUCAGUGCUUCAGUAUUGGAUCGUGUUCCGGAGUGUUCUGUGGUGCCUUCAGUGUCCUUGUGAGCUGGUACCGUGUCCUGACUUCAACCCAGAGCUGUUGACGGUUUCAAAUAAAAACGUUUUUUUCCACAA